GAAAAUGAGUCUGGUGUACACUAUAUAAGCCCCUGGGGUUGCUGUGUUUGUCACAGUCUUGUAGAUCCGACAAGGAAAAGAACAUUCAGACAAGAUGAGGAAGGAACUGAUCAUUCUGGCUGUUGUAGUUUGUGGUAAGUAUCUUUGGGAAAAUAUAUUUAUUUUCUUUGGGCCGCAAGACAUAGAUGGUGGGAUCUUAGGGCAGCCAAAAACUUUUAUUAUCUUUGGGCAGCCAGACAUAUCAGUAUCUUUAGGCAACUAGAAAUAUUAGUAUGUUUAGGAAUUCAGAAAUAUUUGUAUCUUUAGGCAACUAAAAAUAUUAGUAUGUUUAGGAAACCAGACAUAUUAAUAUCUUUGAGCAGCCAGACAUAUUAGUAUCUUUGAGCAGCCAGACAUAUCAGUAUCUUUAGACAACUAGAAAUAUUAGUAUGUUUAGGCAAUCAGAAAUAUUUGUAUCUUUAGGCAACUAAAAAUAUUAGUAUGUUUAGGCAACCAGACAUAUUCGUAUCUUUGAGCAGCCAUACAUAUUAGUAUCUUUAGACAACUAGAAAUAUUAGUAUGCUGAGGCAAUCAGAAAUAUUUGUAUCUUUAGGCAACUAGAAAUAUUAGUAUAUUUAGGAAACUAGACAUAUUAGUAUGUUCAGGCAACCAGACAUAUUAGUAUCUUAAGGUAACUAGAAAUAUUAGUAUGUUCAGGCAACCAGACAUAUUAGUAUCUUUAGACAACUAGACAUAUUAGUAUAUUUAGGCAACUAGACAUAUUAGUAUGUUCAGGCAACCAGACAUAUUAGUAUCUUUAGACAACUAGACAUAAUAGUAUAUUUAAGCAACUAGACAUAUUAGUAUGUUUAGGUAACCAGACAUAUUAGUAUCUUUAGACAACUAGAAAUAUUAGUAUGUUUAGGCAACUAGACAUAUUAGUAUCUUUAGACAACUAGAAAUAUUAGUAUGUUCAGGCAACCAGACAUAUUAGUAUCUUUAGACAACUAGACAUAUUAGUAUAUUUAGGCAACCAGACAUAUCAGUAUCUUUAGACAACUAGAAAUAUUAGUAUGUUUAGGCAACCAGACAUAUUAGUAUCUUUAGACAACUUGAAAUAUUAUUAUGUCUAGGCAACUAGACAUAUUUGUUGUCGAAAACUUCCAGUUAAAACAGCUAGAAAUUAAGUUUCUCUAGAGUCCUCGCCAGCUAUUUAUAAAAUAAGAGACUCCAGCUUCUUCUUAUUUUUAAUUUCACAGCUUACAUUCCUUCAUGAAAUAUCUCUUCAAAUUGUUGAGUUAAGUUUGAUAUUAUUUGCUUCAUUUACAAACAUUUUCUUAACUUUUCGUUCAUUUUAAAAGGUCUGCUUACAAUACUGUCAUUAAAAAAAAAAUUCUUUAACUUAAAACUGUGUCAAUUUAAAUAUUUAAAAUUUUUUUUAAAAAUUUGGGACUUUAAAGCCCAAUAAAUUCUAGUCAUGAAACAAAAUUCCAUUUGAACUAUUAUUUAAAAAAGAUGUCAGAAAGCUUUGAAAUGUAAACAGUUGUGCACUAAUCCUGUUUAAUCGGGUGGCCGAGUGGUUUAUACCGAGAAACUGCCCAACAUAAGCCUGGACAGCUGGACAGGUAAAAACAACACUAGCCCCCCCCCCCCCGGGGGGAAUGGACUCGUUAACCUUGGGUGGCAACUCCUUAAAGGGAAGACAAACCCUCAAAAUAAUAAACAGUUGUGCACUAAUCCUGUUUAAUCGGGUGGCCGAGUGGUUUAUACCGAGAAACUGCCCAACAUAAGCCUGGACAGCUGGACAGGUAAAAACAACACUAGCCCCCCCCCCCCGGGUGGAAUGGACUCGUUAACCUUGGAUGGCAACUCAUUAAAGAGAAGACAAACUCUCAAAUUAAACCCAGAGUUGGGAGACCCGUUGGCGGUAUGACACAAGAAAAAUUCGGACAUUUCCUGCGAUGUGGAACUCAUAGGCUGGUCAUCCACUGCAUCCUGGUCUAUUUCCAGUCGUCUUGACCAUGUCUUGCCAUUGGAAAAAAUAAAUAAUGACGAGAAAGUGAGGCUGACGAAUUGAGCUACACUCUCUCGAUUUAAACGAAAUACACCUCACGUCAAGGCUACUACUUAAGUUGAAGCCUUGGUCAUACGUAAGCGCUACUCUCCCUCGAUUUAAACGAAAUACACCUCACGUCAAGGCUACUACUUAAGUUGAAGCCUUGGUCAUCUACGUAAGCGCUACUCUCCCUCGAUUUAAACGAAAUACACCUCACGUCAAGGCUACUACUUAAGUUGAAGCCUUGGUCAUCUACGUAAGCAACAAUAAUCAUUUUUAAAAACUUUAAAACAUUUUUUUGUCCCUACAGCCGUCCUGGCAGACAACUACUGGUGCCCUCAAUCAGGGGAAGCCUUCGAAUGUUUCGAGUCAGAUCCAAACGCCAAAUUUUGCCUGAAUAGUGGAAAAACAUCGGUGGUCAUCUGCUCCAAGUGCAGGAAGAAGUACGAAUUCUGCAGGUAAAUAAAAAAUAAUGUAUACAUUUAACGUCCAGAUAUCCUUGCUCAGAAUAAAAAUAUCAAUUAAAGAAUACAUUUUUCUUUUCACUCUCUCUUUUUAAGAAUCCUUUAAAAAUAUUAAUUAAUAAAUAAUAAAAAGCAUCAAAUAUCUGGGUCCAAUAACAAUUACUUCAUUACAUCGGUUAAAGUUUGUUGGCAAUUUCGAGGAAAUUAUACAGCCACCUUCCUGUGUAAAAUGUGUAACAGAAACGUGCUGAAUUGAAUUUGAAGCUAAAAUGAAUCAAUUUUUGUAUCUUGAGGUGCUCAACAUUACCCCAAGCUAAAUAAUGAGCAACUUUGAUCAAAACUGUUCUUUUAAUACCAGUGACGACUCUUUCCUUCCUCGCCCCGUCACAAAGGAUCACACACAUUGUUGUGAUAGUCCAACUUUUGCCCCUUUCACCUUUUAUAGCAUUCUAGAAAAACGGUGAAAAUAAUUUUUUAAUACAAUUAAUUUCAUUAAGAUAUACAAAAUUAAUCAAAUUUUUUGUAAAUUUAAAUAAAAUCCACUGACUGUUGACCAGAAACGGCCUUAAAGUAUCCAAGAGACCCGAGUAUGAUUGUGGAGCUGGCUGGGAGAGCACCCCGUGCACUGGGGACAACAGUGCUGUCCCCGCUGUCUUCUAAACUUGGAAGGUAUUUGCCGAUAUUAAUGUUUUUUUUUAAUAAAUCAAUAUUUAAAUUUAAUGAAUUCAAAAUUUGUUAACUGCUACUUUUGAGACACAGAUGAACGCUUCACUGUAAGGCUAUUUAUUAAGUAGUUCAUUUGUUUGUAAUACAAUAAUACCCAAAAUUAUCUCCUUGUACUAUAUCAAAUAUCAGUCAUAACAUUAAACAAAAAAUAUAUUUUUUAAUUCACUGACAUAUACUUUUCUAAUACAAAAUACACAACUUUAGUUGAAUUGAGCCCUCCAGUUCUGAACUGAUUUGAUUAUAUGUUUGUUUCAGAAUAUUGCUCUCUGAGAAAUACGAUGAAAAACUGGAAUCGUUUUCCGUCUCCAUUUCAUCGGUUCGCUGUAAAUUUUGUUACUAUUUAAUUGAUUGUUUGAAUGUAACCAAUUAAAAAUAUGAUAAAUAA